AUAAAAAUCAGUCGCCUGUAAAAAUACGAAGGUUUUCGGAGGUAACUAACCGCUUUACUACAUUUCUUAGGACCAAUAACCGAUCGCCUCAGAACUGAUUAACAUUGAUCUCUAUCAGUGCUUUACGACGUCAAAUUUGAGGGUCGAAGUAAACUGGGGGUGGUGUUGGUGCGUGACUCCAACCCUCACGCGACUUCGCACCACCCAAGUCUUGGGCUACUAAAAUACAAAACGGCCCGAGCAUCGCCGCAUUCAGCCAGAGACGCCGACGCGAGCGAACGACUGUGUCGCUAAUAAAAAAGUUGAAUUUGAAAUUUCGAACGACCGCUCUUUUGUUGUCAGUUUUCGGGUUUGAAUUAAAGAUUUUUGGAUUAAUUCCGUGGUCGUCUGUGUUAUUAAUUAAAAAAAAAAGAAAAACAAGAUGGAGGGUUGCGGAAUGAAUUGUAUAAAGUACCUUCUCGUGGUCUUCAAUGCAAUAUUUAUGAUCUUCGGCAUCGUGAUCAUAGCUGCAGCAUGCGUGGACAUGAGCAUGAUCCGAGGGUUCGCGGGGAUGGAGCCGACCGGCCACGAGACUGAUGCCAUCCUCAUUGCUAUCGGAGUGCUCAUCAUUAUCAUCGCUGCCUUCGGCUGCUUUGGAGCCUGGAAGGAGAGUCCCAAGCUGUUGUAUAUUUUCGUCGGCUGCCUCAUCAUCAUUAUUCUCUUAGAGCUGUCAGUGGGGAUUGCUGCAGCCUCUCUCCGUCCUCAGCUGGAAGGGACCCUGAAGACCCAGCUCCGGGCCUCGUUCAUCAAGAAUAAGUCCACCAAGGAGGAAGACUCCACUUACAGGGAGUUCUGGGACCGCAUCCAGACUAGCUUGGAAUGCUGCGGCAUCACUGGCCCGGACAACUACGCGGCCACCGAGCCCCGCAUCAACCCGUCCUUCAGCUGCUGCCCCUACGACGGCAGCGACCGCUCCGCAGAGAUCAAGCGCUCCGACUGCCUCUCCUCCGAGAAGUACUUCAAGGAAGGAUGUGAGGACAAGGUCUUGGGGACUGUGCAUAGCGCUGGAAUGACUGUCAUCGUGUGUGGGAUUCUUUUCUGUUUCUUGGAGGUUGCAGGCAUCGUUCUUGCCCUAUGGCUAGCACACUCCAUAAAAUCUGAAGGGAAGAGCAGGGAAACGGCCUAAUUUGAACCUGAAGCACAUCACCACAGAGUCUAAUUUCAUAUGCGAUGCACUUUGUCUUAAGGUACAAUAAGUUACAUAAUUUAUUUCAUUAGAAUUUAGAAUAUUUCAUAGAAUUUUUAGA